AUGGUCGACAUCCCUGAAUACCAAGAAACGACAUCGCUCACAUUCGAAUGGACCCUGAAAGGCCUUAAACAGAUAUUUGAAACGAGUAAAGGCGAAGCGAAGGCGAAGGUCAUAAAAUCCGCGAAAUUUGAUAAAGGACGAUGGCAGGUUGUUCUGCUUGGCACCUCUGUUCUCCCCUCAGCACUCAAAACGUUUGAAUCCCAAGGUUGGGUUAGCAUAUAUCUUUCCUGUGAACCCACGCCAGAGGAACUGGAACUUGGUGUAGAUGGCAGGUGGACUCGCCAAGGGAUCUAUAACUUUCAGUUCAUCCUGAAGACCUUGGGUCCCAAGGCUCAAAUUUUCAACACGAAAGAGGCGCAUUCGCACAGAUUCAGCUCGAAGACGGCCAAUUGGGGCUGGGCGCAGUUUGCUCGGCGUGAUUUGGUCUUCUACAACUGCAGCGCUGUCAAGUCAGCGGAUGCCUUCGUAAUUCAAUGCAAUAUCACCGGUACUCCCAGCGCGCCAUUGUCCUCUCCGCCACCUGGAAAGUUUGUGCCGCCGUCCAUUCUCGAUGCCGUGGGCUCUCUCUUGGACGACCCAAAAUACUCCGACAUCGAGUUCGUCUUGCCCAAGCGGGGUGGCACCAAGCGCAUAUAUGCUGCCAAGAGGUUACUUCAGCGCGCUGACUAUUUCCGGGCCAUGUUCGACUCAGGCUUCUCCGAGGGCCUUCCCGUCGAUGCAGUUUCCCGUACAACUCCUCGCGCCAGUCUCUCUAAUGAGACGGAAGUUGCAGAGGAGCCGAGCAUAUUCCGAUCAUUCGAUGACUCAGAUGAGGAGGACGAGGAUGACGCGGACUACGAGGGACUUGAGCACGACUCGGAUCAAAACGCGGAGCUGGAUACGUUUCGACCCGCACCGGGCAGUAGUCAAGAGGUUAUGCAGGGCCUCGUACCUUCUCCCGCGCCAUCAGAGACGACGGAGAUGAAUGCGAGUGAUCUGAUGGUAGAAUCCCCCGCCGCCGCGCAAGACCACGAUGGGACUGCACCUGCCACGAAGGAAGAGGAACGUUCUGAGGUUGCUGCUCGGACGGAUUCGAGGAUUCCAGUUCAAGAAGAAGAACUGCAAACUUAUCGCAACGUCCGUCCGAAAUUAGACCAUCCGUCCAGUCCACGCAGUCGAGGACUCGUGAUGAGCGUUCCAACGGACGGCAAUGCGCACAACUCACCAGAGAGCGGGUUCAAGGCCCCCCAUCAACGCAUUGUCGUGCGCGACGUGGCUUACAACACCUACAAAGCCGUCCUCUAUUACGUCUAUACGGACACAAUCAAGUUUGCUCCUCUUUCCUCGUCGUUCAUCAACACCUCGUUGCCUCCAGCCGAUGCUGCUUCCUUUCGGCCCGCCACGCAUAGGCCCAGUGGGACGGCCGAGGUAUCCGCCAAUGGCACAGGGACUGGACCAGGAGCUCCACGCCACACGCAGCCAAGUGACGGGCAAAGGUCGGGCGACGUGAGCAGGAAGGAUUGGAUCGCUAAGUGGAUGAAGAACCACCCGGAUCGGCCCACUCCGUGCUCCGCCAAGAGCGUGUAUCGACUUGCAGAUCGUCUGGAUAUGCUAGAAUUGAAGGAACGAGCGUUCCAGCACAUUGCGAAAUCGCUGACGAUAGAUAACGUGCCCCAUGAAGUGUUUUCCAACUUCUCCGCUACGUUCUCCCAAGUCAGGAAGGUCGAAGUUAACUACUUCCUCGAACAUUGGGCCGAAAUCCGAUCUUCGCCUGCGAUGCGUAGCGUCUGGCAACAGAUGAGAAUGGGUCGGCACCCUGGGUUCGAAGAAGUCUGGCCUACAAUUGCGCUUAGCUUGGAAUUCAGGCCCCGCAAGGGAGAGGGCGCGAGUGACGACGAGAGGGACAACUCGGUGGCGGACAUAUGAUUCAGAUUUCCUUUGCUUGUCCCAUGGUGUGGAACAUCAGGCUUCUUGCCCUACCCAUUGUACUUGUGUCUGCACAAUCAUGUACUAUGUCGCGCGCCGAGGAAUGCUAUCG